ACCACAGAGAAUGUCUGGAAACCCAGGUGACAUGUUGUCUAGAGGUGUGACCUGCUGCUCUUCUCUACUCAGAAACACACAGGUGUGGACACCCACAUGACCCACAGUCUGGUGUCCCAUGGAGUAGAGACAGCUAGACAGACAGACACACACACACACACACACACACACUGGCCUCCUUGGAGAGCUGCCCCACUGGUGCUGUCUGGGGCUGUCAGACAUACACACAUGCACACGGGCAUGUAAGGAGAGCCCCACAGGAGUGCCCACACAUGGGAUACAGGGCAGACAGCCCCACCACCCUUCUCAGCUCCUCCAAGAACAUCGAAAAUGGCACCCAAGUCUUGCCAUGAGGCUGGAAAAGCUAAGGAAGAGGCUCUCCCAUCUCUGGUGGACAGAGAGGCGGUCAGUGGCCCCCCGAGGCCCCCAGAGGGCACACGUGCAGACCUGGUGGCUCCCACAUGCCCAAAGGACACCAAGCCCAGCUCCACGCAAGUGGCCUCUGUCACCCUGCAGUAAGGAGGGGAGGGAGAGGUGGUCAGUCACUCAAGCCAGGCCAGCCAGAGGGCAGAGCCUGAUCAAACAGCUGGGGUGCUGGCUUUGCAGACUGGCCCCCGAGUCCCUGGAUCCCCACACAUUGCGGCUGCUGUGGAGGCAGCGGGAACUGGAGAUCCAGGCUCUGCGGUAUGCCAUCCAGAAGCACCAGAAUGCCCGGCACUGCCACGUCCUGCAGGAGGUGGCUGGGCUUCCAUUCGAGAGGAGCUCUCGCAAUCAGGGAAAGCUCCUGCAGAUCCAGGUCCAGAAGCUAACUCAGGAGUUGAAACAGCAAAAGGAACAGGCCCACCAGGAGAAGGUGCACCUGGAGGAGCAGCUGGUGGAGACCACAACCUUGCUGAAGAAGGUAGAGGCCCAGCUAGAGGCCUUCCAAAGGUCCUGCCUCCUGCAGUUGGCCAGCUCCUCCUGGUUAGGCCGCACGCUGAAGUCAUCCACUGGCAGUGUGGAGGUGGUGACUGCAGAGAGCCUGAUGGAUCCCAGCGACCCCUCUGAGAGUGAUGAGCCCCCCCCUGCUCAGGAGGGUUUCCGGCUGGAGGAUGUGGACUGGAACACCGUCGCCCAUCGGUACCCCAACCUCUUCACCAACAUCAAGCCGAAGUCGGGGUACAGGCACUCCUGGCCCCGGCAUCCCCCACCAUCCCCACUGGUCUCAUCACCUGACAAAUGUGUCUCAGACCCGAGCAGUCGGCAGGUGAAACAUCACUUCAAGAGUGUGGAGUGGACAACCCUGCCCAUCGUGGGCACCAGCAGCUCCGGGGGCGUUGAUUCUGACUCCAGCUGGCCAGAUGAGCGGUUUGGCCUGCGGAAGGUGACAGGGCACCCACCCCAGGCGCCCGGCCACAUUUCCUUCCAGCAGAUGGAGUUGGGCGCCAGGAGCUUCAGCAGGGACUCGAAGGCAGAGCCUGAAGGACUCUCUCCGGAUCUCCGGGAAACCCACUCAGACCAGCCGGGCAAGUCCCUCCUGGUGCACGAGUCCAGUACAGAUUCGGACCGCGGGCAGCCGGCGCGCCCGUGGAGGUGCGGGAGUGACGCAGCUCAGCCGAAUGCUCCGGGUUCCACGAGGCUCCACAACCAAGCUGGGGCCCCUCGGCCUUAG